AUGGGCAGUUCACGAAAGAAAUUGUAUUUCAUAGAACAUGCGCUAAUAGUAGCAUUGGUUUUACACGGUGGCACCUGUAUUUGGUAUUAUCUACACUUGACAUCUGCGAAUUCUUUUCCUUCGAAUAUAUUAAAAUUUUCAUCCGAAAUGAACGCUCAGAAGCUGCAAUUUAACAGCUACUUAAGUUGUUGGUACUAUUGUACGUGUCGCUUGUCCAAUUGUAUUUUUGGAGAUUCAUUUCCUUUACAUAGCUCGGAAAAAUGGCUGACAUCCUUUCUAAUGCUUUUCGGAUAUGUGUUCAUACGGUAUCGAUUUAUUGGUAGUCUGGCCUGGGAAUUUGUUUUGGAGAAAUAUCGAUGGUCUAUUUUUGUUGAUCAGUACCAUCAAAUGAUCCGUUACCUCAAAUUUCGUGGAGCGCCUGAAGGCCUAAUAGAACAGUCUAAACAAUACAAAGAACAGUUGUGGCAGAUGAAGGAAGGGGUACUUACGUCGGAUCACUUACAAACACUACCCUUUCCUUUUCAAAUGGAACUUAUCUUUGACAUAAAUGUCGGUCUUUUUCAUGACUCCUUGCUCUUGAGAAAUACUGAUGAAGCCUUCAUGCGUCACAUGUCGUUACUAAUGAGACAUGAGUUAUAUUUGAGCGGUCAAUAUAUCUGGAGUCAAGGUGUGGUGAAGAACGGCAUGAUUUGUGUAAAAAGAGGCGUCAUCGAAAUUUUAUCUGAUGAAGAUGACGAAAGCCCUAUGAUAGCAUUUAAAGAGGGCACUGUAUUGGGAGAAAUAAGCCUUUUUUAUUCAAUACCAUCAAAAGUUUCAGUGAAAGCCGCUACGUACGUUGAACUGCAGGUACUGCAUCGAACAGAUUUUUUACGAGCAAUGACAGAUAAUCCUGCCAUACUUCAGAAAAUUCGCGAAAGUGUUGAAUUACGACUAAACACUUCCAAAUCACGUCAGGCCGCCAUCUUGAAACACGACGAAAACGAUUCCCGCCUGAUUCGUACUCGAUACCGACCUAUGAAGAUACUUAAGGAUCGUUUGUGGGACGUCGGAGAGGAGGACUCGAUGUUUAUCGAUGAUUCUCAUAUGUAUUACAGAGAUGAGAACAAUAAAAAGCACAGGAAAUUCACAACUGACUAUUUAGAGCUUUACAAAGUAACGGGAAAUGUCACCACUGUGGACUCCCCUCGACUUUGUCUCAGAGCAAGCUUUCCAUGGAUAUUGGAGCCGGAUACUGAUUUCACGCAUAUGUUCGACAUAACACAUUUCGCUAUGGUCCUAUACGUUUGCUUCAUGUCUCCACACUUAGCCUUGAAUUCAGUACAACACGAUUGGGAGAGAGUACUGAGUACAAUCGUGAUUGCGGGAUUGUUACUAAACAUCUAUAUACAACUGACGACUGCUAUUGUUGAGAAGAAGGUAAGAAAGGAAACUGUCAGGGAGAUAGCUGAGCAGAAGAUGGCCACCGUUGGCUUUUAUCUAGACGUACUCUCAGUUUUCCCGGUGUAUAUUUUCACCGACACAUUGGACCCUGGCGGAGAAACUAUUAGUAAUCAGUUGGCUGUUAUGUUCCCGAUGCUACAAGUAUGGCAUAUUUGGGAUUACUUCAGGAUAUGGGAAAGGAAAUUUAAUAGUAACGCGAAGAUACUCUGCUUACUAAAAUAUUCAUUACUAUUUGUUAUAUUUAGUUAUUGGUCAGGUUGUUUAUUAUACCUAACGGCAUGUCCAAGGAAAUUGUGUAAUGAGAAUUCAUGGCUCGUACAACUAAUAUACUGGGAAACAAAGGUGUUUGUGACUAAUAAAGCUAAACACGAAAUGCCACAAGUGUCGUCGUUUUCCUUCGGCACCGCUGUAUUUACUGGCAUCGGAAUGUCCGAAAUUGCUCCGGGGAUUGGUGAUUUAUUUUUGGUUGUAGUACUGCUCAUCUUAGGAGCGCACUUGACUUGUUUCUAUGUCGCUAACGUAUGUAGCGUCUUCUUGCUUGGAACACAACGGAAAUUGAAAUUUAAGGACUCCAUGAGAGAGCUCUUUUAUUUUCUGUCUGUUAAUCGCGUGAGUGGAAAAAUUAAGGCUAGAGUGAAGAAAUUUUUCUCAGUACAAUGGUAUUAUAAUAGUGCAGUUACCAAAGAAGAAAUAUUCAAAGAUAUGUCUACUAAUAUACAACAUGAAAUAUCUUCUAUAGAAUUAUUGGACACAUUGCUUCUAUGCCCUUUAUUUCAGGAAUGCAGUCGUGAUUUCUUGCAAACUGUCGUUGCUAACACGAGAACAAUAGUUUUACCAGACAACGAAAUUGUGCAACAUGCUGGCGAUAUCGGUCGGGAUAUGUAUAUUAUACAAAAGGGUUAUUGUAAUAACCUCAAUCAACAAGGAAAAGUGGUCAAAUCAAUCUCCCCUGGUUGCUUCUUUGGUAGUACUGAGAUGUUAUAUGGACUACCUAAGGUGUAUACAGUGCUGACAACGACAAAUUGCAUAUUACUGCAUUUGGAGUACACUGCACUGGUGCAAUGUUGGAGCACCUUUCCUGACAUCAGUCACCCCAUUAUAGCGACACUUCAAGAUCCCACGAUCCGCAAGCUGACGUCACUUUACGAGGAGGCCAAACCCCUUGUUGGUAGAAUAGAUGCCAAAACUAAUAGAAUUGCGCAAGAAAUAAAGGAAAGUUUCGUCAUAUUGAGUGGCCGAGAAGAAAAGCGUCAGUUUCUCGACGCAUUUGAAAAGUUGGGAAUUAUGAAAUACGUUCGCUACAUAUUUUUCCCUGGAGUGAUAACGCCGCAUGGUGUAUUUUUGAAGUUAUGGUGUACACUGAGGUUUUUAGCAGCAAUUUACUACACUCUAUACAUUCCUUAUAGUAUCGCAACAAAACAAAAUAAGUUCGGAGGUGGCUACAACUGGAUGGAUAUAUUUUUGUACCUGGAUAUUAUUGUAAUGUCCUAUGUAGCGUAUUACAAUGAUAGAUCUGUACUCGUUACACACCCUCUUCUAACCGUCUCUCGAUAUUUGAAACAUGGAUUCAUUUUAGAUGUCCUAAGCGUUUUUCCUUUAGAAGAAUUCUUCAGAAUAAUCAACGACAACUCUGACCUUGAUAUGUUUAGAUUGAACAGAAUGUUGUUGGUCACUCGAAUAACAAGUACAUUUUCAUAUUGGGAAAGUGAUAUAAUGCGUGUUAACCAAGCUGUGAUCUUACUAAAAUUCUUACCCCUAGUGGUGGCGAUAGUUAAUUUUUCGACUUCGCUCAUAUUCAUGAGUUCAUGCAGGACAUAUUUAAAACCAAAAUCCUAUUUUAUACGUGUUGACUGUUCGAAAGCGCUGAUUUUAUCCCAAGCUAUGCAGAAUGAAGAGAAAUAUGCCAUCUCAGAGUACAUUAGCAUUUUCUACUGGGUUUUUGAAAUAUUUGUUGGAUGUGGAUGCACUCCUGUUGGGAUAUUAAACGCUGUUGAUGUUUGGCUGUCUAUGGCACUACAGAUAAUAGGAGUAUUAUACUUUGCUUUUAUGUUUGGUUACAUUGCCUCUACCAGAUCUGCUGCUGUUCAUGGAUUGCUGGACCAUAACGAAAAUACGAGGGAUUUGGAAAACUUUUUGUAUCAAGAGAAUGUCGAUCCAAUACUCACUGUGAAAACAUUGAAGUAUUUUGAAUAUGUUUGGAAAAGGACGCACGGGAGUAAUCCACAGGAAAUCUGCCGUGGUCUGAAUUCCGCACUAAUGGAAGACACACUCGUCUUCAUGUACGAGAGGGCACUGAGAGAAGUGCCCUUGUUUGGGAAAGUAGAACGGUCUUUUAUCAGGGUCAUUACACAACACCUUCACGAGAUGUACUUCCUAAAGGGCGACACUGUUGUACAAUGCAAGGAUAUACAGACAAAUAUCUAUAUUAUUUAUAAAGGAAAGGUGGACGUUUUGAGUUCGUACAAUGAAAUGAUCACGUGUAUGGGAACUGGAGGAAUGUUUGGCAAUUUUACCGGACAACCAAUGUCUAGUUCGGAGGUGGCAAUAUACGCUAGCCGUAGUCUGGAUCUAUUGGUUAUACCGUCGCAAACUUUUUUUAAUUUAAUAAAGUACUACCCGAAGAUUCAAGGGCCAUUGAGGCGGGCGUUUGAAGUGUCCAAGGAUUACAUUUUACCUAUAUCAAUGGAGAAUGAAGAUGAUGAGUCAUCAGAGGAUUCAGAUUUUGAGAAUCUGUCCCAGGAAUCGGGUUUUGACUCUCGGAGUGGUUCUAGCAGAUUUGACUUUCCUGUUUCGACCUCGGUUCGUAGUUCACAAUCUACAAGCAAUGUGAGCCAAGCCAAGUCAGCGGCGAGCGUUCAAACUUACCAGAGUUACAUGGACGUCAAUAACUUAUUGAAACCCGGUUCGAGAUUGUUUCAGGGUUUUGGUUAUCUAUCAAGUAUAAUGGCUACCUGUAAUUACAUACUAAUUUUGUACGAAGUGAUUACAUUGAAUGAUUGCACCGUGAUAUUUUGGCUUCAGUCGUUGUCAGAUAUAUUUUUCUAUAUAAAAAUUUAUUUGUCAUUGAAUCAGGGCUAUGUGAACAGGCAUGGUGAGCUCGUAAUGAAUUCUGUUAAAUGUCGAAAGCGAUAUUACAAACAUAAAUUGUGGGUUUGGAGCGAUCUGAUCGCUAACUUGCCGCUCGAAUUGUUUGGCUUCUGCUUUCCCCGUCCACUGCUAGCUAUGCAUUAUCUACGAGUUAAUAAAUUGUUUCGGCUCAAAUACCUAGUUGAGUUUUAUCGGAAAACUUCAGCUGAACUAACAAACAAUCUUACCACCCUACAGACUGCCAUGACAAUAUUCAUAGUUGCACUUCUUAUACACACGUUCACUUGUCUAUGGUUAUUGACGUUAAUGGCAACUUCACCUAUAAGUAUGAUACGUACGCUGAAAAUGCAUCUUCUUGAUGAAGACACGCCACAAAGGCGUUGGGAUUAUACCACGUCGUUCUAUGUAGUUGUGUCUGAGUUAACAUCAACUGGUGGAGACGAAUUCGUUGUGAAUGGGGCUAUCUCUAUGAUAAUAUUAGCGAUAUGUUUCAUUUCCGGAAAGAUACUGGCUGCUAUAGUUGUAGCUACAUCCAUACAAAUUGCGUAUUCAUCGAAGUACGCCUUGAACAAAUAUGAAAAGGCGACUACAGAACUUAUUGAUUAUUUGACAAAUCAAGGAUUAUCGACUUACCAAGUAAAGAAGUUUUGGACGUACGUUCGUCAACUUUGGGUGACGGAGCGUGGGAGACAGCUCCCCGUCCUAAUAUUGAAAACCCCAUAUGUGCUGCGCUGUGACCUUAUGUCUGCAAUGUUCGGCCAUCACCUACGAAAUUGCUAUAUUUUUGCUGACACAGGUGAACCGUUCCUACGUCAGCUUACUGUAGUAUUGGAUUACAAAGUUUAUUUCCCAGGUAACUACAUAGUAGUAGCGGGAGACAGUGAAGCACGCAUGCAUUGGGUGACCAGUGGAACAGUGGCAGUACUAUCCGUGAAGGCUGAUCUGACGGAGACCACACACGAGAUGUUAUGCGUAGGCGACGUAUUUGGCAUAUUACAGGGGCUGAAUAGAGGAAUUACUCAUUGUUUUUCAUACCGCGCUGAAACUAAGGUCGGAAUACUCACACUGUGUUUGGACUCAUGGGUCAAUAUUUUACAAUUUUUUCCGGACGCUCAAAGGAUGAUUACUGAACGAUCUGAGGUUUUAUUCACACAGAUAUAG